CGUUGCUUCUGAUCUCUCCAGUCAAGGAGAGCCUCCUAUGGAACAAAUUGCCCUGGAAUGUCAAGAAGCAGGGAGAGGAGAAGUACCCAUCUCAUCAUCUCUACCCAAAGAGAAAGGGUGGUUGACUGAGCAUUUCUACAAGUAUCAAGGCUUCUGGUAUGACAAUCACUUCCUAACUGGAGUCAUCUGGGCCCAGCAACAUUUCGAGGCCCGGCCCACCGACACCCUCUUGGCCACCUUCCCCAAAACCGGCCUGACAUGGCUCAAGGCUCUCACGUUUGCCAUAGCCAACAGGCACAACCAGGACCUCCCAAGGAGCACUUUGCUCACCAAGAACCCUCAUGAAUGCGUGCCCUACAUUGAAUUCUAUGCCUAUGAGAAGGACCCCAUAUCGGCCCUCGACUCUCUUCCCUCCCCUAGGCUUCUCUCCACUCACAUUGCUUAUGACUCGCUGCCGAGAUCUGUUGUGACCUCAGGGUGCCGGAUCGUGUCCAUCGUCCGAGACCCGAAGGAUGUGUUCGUGUCGAUGUGGAGCUUCAUUAGCAAAAUAAGAGUUCCAGAUGGGGAUAGGCCACCUAUUUCAAUGGAGGAAGCAUUUGGUCUAUUCAGUAGAGGGGUGUCUCUUUCAGGACCAUAUUGGGACCAUAUGCUGGGCUAUUGGAAAGCAAGCUUGGAGUAUCCAAACAAGGUCUUAAUGUUGAAGUAUGAGGACUUAAAGAGUGAGACAGAGCCCCAUGUGAAGAGGCUGGCAAAUUUCUUGGGCUGUCCAUUUACUCCUGAAGAGAUCGAUGGUGGGGUAGUGCAAGAGAUCAUAAAGCUUUGCAGCAUAGAGAGUUUGAAGCAAAUGGAGGUGAACAAAUCCGGGGUCUAUCGUCUGGGGACUCAAUCACGCGCGACGGUCGAGAAUAGCGGGUUUUUCCGGCGAGGGGAGGUGGGCGAUUGGAAGAAUCAUCUCUCGCAAGAGAUGAUCGAGCGGCUCGAUUGGAUAACCGAGCAAAAGUUUGGGGCUUACGGUUUGAAGUUCUAGU